CUUCGCUGACGGUGCUCCGGACUGCGCGUGCGCCUGCUGUUGUUGGUUAUUGCGCGUAAAUUUCUAUCUUUACUGAGAUAAUGGAGCGCUGGGCCGGCAAGACCGCGGUGGUGACAGGCGCUAGUGCGGGGAUCGGGGCGGCGGUGUGCGUCGCGCUAGCUGACGCCGGGAUGAAGGUCGUCGGGCUCGCGAGGAGAGCGCCGUUAGUUGAGAAACUGCAGUCGCGAGUCACGGGCAAGGGGAGUAUAGUGGGCAGACAGUGCGACGUGUCGCAGCAGAGCGAGGUUGCGGCUGUGUUCCAGUGGAUGGACGACACGCUCGGCGGGGUGGAUGUGCUCGUUAAUAAUGCUGGCGUCUUCUUUCCUGGGGGUAUGACUGACUUAAGUCCGAAGCCAACGCCAGAAGAAAAUCUGUUGAAAUGCAUUGACGUCAAUGUGAAAGGUGUGGUGAUGUGCACGCGCCGCGCUAUCUCCUCCAUGCGCCGACGCGGCGUCGCCGGACAUAUUGUCAACAUUAACAGUAUUGCGGGCCACUACAUUCCCUUCGAUUCGAUGUUCAACGUGUACCCGGGGAGCAAGCACGCAGUCACCGGCAUCACCGCGUCUCUUGACAACGAGCUCUGUGACUUCGGCAGUAAGAUCAAGACAACGAGUAUAUCCCCGGGGCUGGUAGCCACGGACAUGGUGAUCGCCGAAUUGGACGGCGCCCCGCUGACAGCGCCGGCGCUGCGCCCCGAAGACGUCGCCGAGGCCGUGCGCUAUGUUGUAUCCACCCCGCCCUCCGUCAACAUUAACGAGUUAACCAUCACGCCUGUGGGAGGAAAACGGCUUUGAAACGAACGGAAACGGAUCCCGAAUGGAUAAAUAAAUCUUGGUCUUCUGUUAUUAUAUAAUAUCAAAUAAUUAUAAUGUCUGCACCCAAAUAUUUUGAUUGUUUUAUACUCGAGGGUAAAUAAACUUGUCCACGGAUUAACGCCAUAUUACAACCUAUAACGAUAAGUUCAGUGAUAAUACCUACAUAUGUGACGUUCCACGGCAAAAGGUACCUUAUAGCGGCUGGCGCUUACGUCUCAUAGCAAUAAUAUUGGAGCGGCGUUAAUAAUAAAGUAAGCGCCAACCGCCAUAAGGUACCUUUACCCGUCGGACGUCACAUAUAUUGAGAUGAUCUCUAAGAAAAUUUCAUAAAUGGAGAAUAACAAUCAUUUAAAAUAA